AUGUCUAAAGCCAGCGAGAAAGAACAAUGUGCGGCGUUCCGGUAUGUAAUCGGACAAGACGGGCGAGACAUUUAUAACACAAUGAAGUUUACAGAGGCUCAAACGGACAAAAUCGACGUGUUAUUCGCGAAGUUUGACGAGUAUUGUGAACCCAGAAGAAACACGAUUAUGGAAAGAUACAAGUUUAAUACGCGAGUGCAAAGAGACGACGAAACAGCCGAUCAGUACGUAACUGAACUUAAAUUGCUCGCUAAGAAUUGCAACUUCGGAUCUCUUGAGGACGAGUUGAUUAGGGACCGCGUUGUUUACGGAAUAAAAUCGGAGCGUGUGAGAGAACGGUUAUUACGAGAACGAGAGUUAACGUUAGAUAAAGCGUUAGAAGUAUCUCAAAUAAACGAACAGUCUGAGGAACAACUAAAAGUACUAAACGACGUUCAGAGCGUCAAGGCCAUAGGAAAACAUAACAAAUCAGGAAAUUAUCGUAGCAAAUUAGAUGCAAAUCGAAGGCGUGAUUUCAAGCAUAACGGCGGCAACAAACAAGAACAAGUAUCGUGUUGCGGAAAGUGCGGAAAGUCUCAUCCUGCGAAACAAUGCCCAGCUUUUGGCAAGAAAUGUUUUAAGUGUGACAAAAAGAAUCAUUUCGCUAAAUUCUGCAAGUCAAAGAAAAUACAUGCAGUAGACAAAGCGAGUACAGAUGACGAACCGUUGUUUAUUGGAGCGGUUAAUUCAAUUCAUAAUGAAGAGAAUGUUUUCAAAACUUUAUUAAUCGAGGGAAAUGAGAUCAAGUUCAAGAUUGACACGGGAUCACAAGCCAAUAUAAUACCCCUACCUACAUUCGAGAAGAUGAAGCUGAAACAAACCCGGUUAGAAAGACCAACAGCAAAGUUAACAAGUUACACUGGCGAUUAUCUACCGGUCGUCGGAGAAUGCAAUCUGAAAUGUAACAACAAGACAUUGAAAUUUUUCGUGGUGAAAACUGGACAAGUUCCCAUCAUUGGUUUGAAAGCUUCUCAAGAACUGAAUCUGAUCAAAAUCAUCAUGAAUGUGAACAAUGUGAUUGGUCAAUCAGCAGAAACCAUUCAUGAGAAAUUUCCUAAAGUAUUUCAAGGUUUGGGAUGCCUAAAGAAUCCAUACCACAUCGAAGUCGACCCUACGAUUAUACCUGUCGUCAGUCCUUUAAGAAGUACACCAGUUGCGCUCAGAGAGAGGCUGAGGUCUUCGCUAGACGAUAUGGAAGAAAAGGGAGUCGUGGAGAAAGUCGAUGGUCCAACCGAGUGGGUGAAUUCGACAGUGAUUAUAGAGAAGCCAAACAGUGACAAACUACGAAUUUGUCUUGAUCCAAGACCACUCAAUGAAGCUAUCAAGCGAGAACACUUCAAGAUGCCAACAAUAGAGGAAAUCACGACGCGUGUGGCCGGAGCCAGAGUAUUCUCCAAACUGGACGCAAAUCAUGGCUAUUGGCAAAUACCACUAGAUGAAGAGAGCCGAUUGCUGACCACAUUCAACACACCAUUUGGCCGUUACUGUUAUAAAAGGAUGCCAUUUGGAAUCAAGUCUGCGCAAGAAGUAUUCCAGAAACGAAUGUGUCAAUCCUUUGGAGAUCUCGAGGGCGUGGAAACAGAUGUGGAUGAUAUUUUGGUUUGGGGAGCCACAGUCGAAGAGCACGACGAACGUCUGAUGAAUACCCUACAACGAUGUGAAGAGAUCAACCUCACUCUCAACAAAGAGAAAUGCGAGUUUCGAGUGAAAGAAGUCACUUAUAUCGGUCACAAGUUAACCCGAGAAGGUGUGAAACCGGAUGAGCAGAAGGUUAAAGCCAUUAAGCAGAUGCCCCCUCCCGAAGAUAAGAAAGGAGCUGAACGAUUGCUUGGUACAGUGAACUAUCUAGCAAAGUUUAUACCUAACAUGUCCACGAUAAUGCAGCCGAUUAGAGAGGUUAUGAAAAGUGGCGUGGAGUUUCAAUGGGGAGGUGCACAGGAGAAAGCGUUCCAAGAAGUAAAAGAAAUACUAACAAAGGCGCCAGUUCUUGCAUACUAUGAUGUGAAGAAACCUGUGACGGUGACGUGUGAUGCUUCAAAGAGCGGUUUGGGAGCAGCGUUACUUCAAGAUGACAAACCAGUCGCGUUUGCUUCGAGAGCCCUGACAGAUGCGGAAACUCGGUAUGCGCAGAUCGAAAAAGAACUAUUGGCAGUUGUUUUUGCGUUCGAGAAGUUCAACCAGUACACAUAUGCCAGAGCUGUAGAAGUUGAAACUGAUCAUAAACCGCUGGUCUCAAUUGUGAAGAAGUCGUUAACGUCAGCGCCACCUCGUCUGCAGAGAAUGCUAUUACGGUUGCAACGGUACGACUUUACAUUGAAAUACAGACCUGGGAAAGAAAUGAUCAUCGCGGAUACACUUUCUCGAGCUUACCUUACCGAUGAUGAUGUGGACAGUAGCAAGAUGAACGAAGAGUUAGAAUGUUACGUGCACACGGUAACCAGCAGAAUGCCAGUAUCCGAAGAACGACUGGAACAAAUCAAGAAAGAAACAGCGAUUGACCAGACCAUGAAGACCCUGUUCUCAACAAUCCGAAGGGGAUGGCCAGAGACAAGAAAACAAACACCUUGCGAAAUCCAGGACUACUGGAAUUAUCGUGACGCGCUUUCAGAAGUAGAUGGAAUCUUGUUGAAGCAAGACAAGAUUAUCAUACCCCUCAGUAUGAGAGGAAAGAUGCUAGAAAGAAUACACGAGAGUCACAUGGGCAUAGAGAAAUCCAAACGACGAGCAAGGGACAUUAUGUUUUGGCCAAGAAUGAAUGAGCAAAUUGAAGCUGUUGUAUCCAAAUGCCAAACCUGCCAAGAAUACCAGAUGUCGAAUCCCAAAGAACCCAUGGUGCAAGGAACAAUACCAUCGAGACCCUGGGAAAUGGUCGCAACUGAUUUGUUUCAGUGGGAACAGAACAACUAUCUGGUUGUGGCAGAUUAUUAUUCGCGUUAUAUUGAAGUAGUCAAGUUGGAAAACACCACCAGCAGAACUGUUGUGAAUCAUAUGAAGUCCAUAUUUGCAAGACAUGGAAUUCCAUCAGUCGUAAGAAGUGACAAUGGUCCUCAGUACACUGCCACGGAGUACAAGCAGUUCGCGCAAAAGUGGAAUUUCGAGCACCAGACUUCAAGUCCAUAUUAUCCGAAAUCAAACGGUUUGGCUGAGAAAGCAGUUCAAAUCGUGAAACUUUAUCUAUCGAAAGCAAAACAAGAUGGAAAAGAUCCGUACCUAAGUUUGUUGGAGUAUUGCAACACACCCAUUGGUAACGUGGCUUCACCAGCACAAAUCUUGAUGAGCGGACGUUUGCGUUCGCACUUACCAACUACCCCAAAUCAACUUCAGCCAAAAGUUGUUGAUCCUGAGAGAAUGAAAGAAAAGUUCGAAGAAAAACAAAGAAAGCAAAAACGAUAUUAUGACAGAGGGUCCACAGAGCUUCCCGCAAUGCAAGAAGGAGAAACAGUACGAGUCCAAGUACAGAAUAAGUGGAAACCAGCAGUGAUCAAAGAGAAACUAGAAACACCUAGAUCGUACAUCAUUCAAACACCCAAUGGUCAACGAUUUAGAAGAAACAGAAAUCAUAUCAUAAAGCAGAAGUAUGGUGUUCAGAUAUCAAGACAGUGGGAACCAAUUGAAGAUUUCCAGCCUGAUAGUGCCAGAAAAGUUUGUGAGGAACAAGUCUCAGAGCCAAGUACUGGACAAUAUUAUAAAACUAGAAGCGGACGAUUGAGUAAGCCACCUGAGAGAUUUCAAGCAUGUUAA